CCUUAGCAAGCUCCCUCCCUCCCUCUCUCUCUCUCGAUCUCUGAAAGGAAAGAACUUUAAUUCAUCGGCACAAGGCUUUGCAGAAAAACAGAUUCAAGAACGCCAAAGGGAAUCUUUGCCAUUUACUGAAACAUGACAUCCCAGAUUCCUGAACCUGUUAUUGGAAUUCCAAUCAGCUCGCCAGCCGUUGAGGGUUCUUCAAAUGGGCCUCCCACUUUGAAACAUGGUAGAGCAGAUUCUGUGCUUAAUAUGAUGAAUAAACUCGUAAAGAAGGCAGACAAUAUAGCACAUGCUGCAUGUGGAGUUCGAGAGCAUGUGAGAUUGGGGCCCAAGAUCACUGAAACCGUGAUGGGAAAAUUGAGGUUGGGGGCUAGAGUUCUUCAAGUAGGUGGAGUGGAUAAGAUUUUCAAACAGUUAUUUGGAGUUAGAGAAGGAGAAAAACUAUUCAAGGCUUCCCAAUGCUAUAUAUCAACAACAGCAGGUCCUAUAGCAGGCCUGCUCUUCAUCUCAACCGACAAGGUUGCCUUUUGUAGCGAGAGAUCUAUCAAAAUCUCUUCUCCAAAAGGUGAAACGGUUAGAGCCCAUUACAAGGUCAUGAUCCCGAUUAAGAAGAUAAAGAGAGUCAACCAGAGUGAGAAUGUAAAGAGGCCCUCACAAAAGUACAUAGAAAUAAUAACUCUGGAUAAUUUUGACUUCUGGUUCAUGGGUUUCGUAAAUAAUCAGAAAGCCUUCAAACUUCUUCAGCAGGCUGUCUCUCAGUCUUUAGAGUGAAUGUCAGCCUUAAAAUACAAGAAGUACCUUCUCCUCUGCUUCAGCUACUGUAAUACAAGCCAUUUAUAACGUCCAUAUACAUAAAAAGGUCAUGAUAAGAAACGUCUUUUAGUUCCUCAACCAAUACUGAUAUCAAUAAUACUGGUAUUGGCUAUGUCCCAUUUUGAUAUUUGAUGUUUGGACUUGGUUAUCAA